UCGUCUCUCCCAUAGCCGAAUAGUAGAAAAGCCCUAGAAGGAGGAGAAAGGUUAACCAAACCAUUCACCGACGACGACAACGACGACAAAGAUGUUGAGAGUUGUGGGAAGGAGGUUCUCUUCUCUCUCUUGCCGAUCUGCUCAAUCCUCAUCGGCUUUUCUUUCCAAGGAUCCUCCUGUUAACGAUGCUCGCAGAUCUACCUACUCCUCCCCGCCUCCGCCGCUUACCACCGCUUCUUCUAUGCUACUCAAUCAAUUUAGAGGGUUUGCUUCCAAUUCUGUUCCUGCUACUCACGGCAUGGGUGGAAUAAUAUCUGAUAUCCCACCAACUGUAGCAGCAAUUCAAAACCCAACCUCUCAAAUCACCUACGAUGAACACAAUCACGAGCGUUAUCCACCGGGUGACCCGAGCAAGAAGGCAUUCACGUACUUCGUCUUAUCUGGUGGUAGAUUCGUCUACGCUUCCUUAAUCCGUCUUCUGAUCCUUAAAUUCGUGGUCAGCAUGUCAGCCAGUAAGGAUGUUCUUGCCCUUGCCUCCCUUGAAGUUGACCUUUCCAGCAUCGAACCUGGAACCACUGUAACUGUCAAGUGGCGUGGUAAGCCAGUUUUCAUAAGGCGUAGAACAGAGGAUGACAUCAAGUUGGCUAACAGCGUCGAUAUCUCGUCACUUCGCGACCCACAGGAUGAUUCUUCUAGGGUGAAGAAUCCGGAGUGGCUUGUGGUUGUUGGGGUGUGUACUCACCUGGGUUGUAUCCCUUUGCCUAAUGCGGGAGAUUAUGGUGGCUGGUUUUGCCCUUGCCAUGGUUCUCACUACGAUAUAUCUGGAAGAAUCAGGAAAGGUCCGGCUCCUUAUAAUCUGGAGGUGCCUACUUACUCAUUCCUGGAGGAGCACAAACUUCUUGUUGGGUAAAUGAAUUAUAAUAAGUAGGUGUUUUGUUUUUUUUAAUGAAGUUAUUUGCGAUUUUAACAAUGAGCAAAUUUGUUUGUUGUUCUGGUUUUACCUGCUUGCUAUUAUACUGCUUGAUGCUUUAGGCAGAUGCAAGCAAAACUAUAUAAUUAUUGUAUUGAUUGCCAGUUUCGGACAAGAAUGAAUAAUUGAACCUCAACUAGUGUGGCUUGAUUCAUAAACUAACUGGCUUAUAUCGAUGAAUCAAUGCCAUUUGGUUUGAAUGUUUUUUGAUUUCA